UCCCCGCGGGCCGAGGCACCGCCGCCCCGCCGCCGUCGCCAUGAAGUGCCACUACGAGGUGCUGGGCGUGAGGCGCGACGCCGCCGAGGAGGAGCUGAAGCGGGCCUACCGCCGGCUGGCGCUGCGCUGGCACCCGGAUAAAAACCUCGAGAACGCGGAGGAGGCGGCGGAGCAGUUCAAGUUGAUCCAGGCGGCGUACGACGUGCUCAGCGACCCCCAGGAAAGGGCCUGGUAUGAUAAUCACAGGGAGGCUCUGCUGAAAGGAGGAGUUGAUGGAGAGUACCAAGAUGAUAGUUUGGAUCUGCUGCGCUACUUCACUGUUAGCUGUUACUCUGGAUAUGGAGAUGAUGAAAAGGGGUUCUUUACAGUCUAUCGACAAGUUUUUGAAAAGAUUGCGAAAGAAGAGAUGGAAUACAUAACCCAGGAAGAUCCUGAAGAAUUCCCUAUGUUUGGAUAUUCCCAAAGUGACUAUGAUACGGUAGUCCACCCUUUCUAUGCAUAUUGGCAGAGUUUCUGUACUCAGAAAAACUUUGCUUGGAAAGAAGAAUAUGACACACGAAAAGCCUCAAAUCGCUGGGAGAAACGAGCUAUGGAGAAAGAGAACAAGAAAACGAGAGAGAAAGCAAGGAAAGAGAGGAAUGAACUGAUCCGUCAGCUAGUGGCCUUUAUUCGUAAAAGGGAUAAAAGAGUACAGGCUCACAGAAAACUUGUAGAAGAACAAAAUGCAGAAAAAGCUAGGAAAGCAGAGAAACUUCGGAGGCAACAGAAGCUCAAACAAGCCAAGCUUGCUGAACAGUAUAAAGAGCAGAGCUGGAUAACUAUGUCAGAUCUGGAGAGAGAGUUGCAAGAGAUGGAGGCACAGUAUGAAAAGGAAUUUGGAGAUGGAUCAGAUGGUGAAGAGGAAUUAGAAGAACAGGAGACAAAAGGCACUGAAGACAAACUGAAUGAUGAAACUGGAGAAGCUGAAUUUGUUGAUGGUCUGUACUGCCCUGCUUGUGACAAAUUUUUAAAAAGUGAGAAAACCAUGAAGAAUCACGAAAAAUCAAAGAAGCAUCGAGAGAUGGUAGCACUGUUGCGACAGCAACUGGAAGAGGAAGAAGGAAAAUUUCCUGUGUCUUUGGAUGAUGCAAAUGAAGUAAAUACCAAAGAGGAAGAAGAAACAGAAGACAUGCCCAAGCUGAAACUCUCAAAGAAGCAGAAGAAGAAACAGAAAACAAUGAAGAGUUAUGAGGACCCUCUUGAUCAAAAUGCUGAUGAAGCAACAGUUGAACAAAAGGAGGUGCUCAGCAUGGACAAGGACAGUGGCUUGGCAGAGGAGUUGGUAAAAGAUGGCCAGGGAUGUGCUGUGUCAGCGGACCCAAGCACUACUGAUGAUGGCAACCAAGAGAACGAAACAAAAAGUGAAGUAAAAAGCACUAAGCCUAAAGGGAAGAAAGUCAAGGAAGGAAAAAAGUGUGCUAAGGCAUCUUCAGGGAACCCAGCAACGAAUGAAGUUUCCAUCAUCUGUGUAACCUGCAACUGUACAUUUCCAUCCCGAAAUAAAUUGUUUGAACACCUAAAAGCCACAAACCAUGCAAAAGCAACAUCCACAUCAGUUGCAAACGAAGCUGUAAACACCAGAAGCAAAAAAGAGAAACGCAAAAACAGAUAGGACUUUGCUACACUGACAGUCUUCAGCAUCAUAAAUUAAAACUCUCUGAAAACUGAAACAUGCACAUUGCCUAUGUCUGGAGUUUAACAAAACAAGCAGGUACCAAUUUGGGAAAAAAAUGAAGAUGCAACAAAAGGAAUACCAUCUUGUGAAGGAACCUGUGUUUUCUUUUGGGUUUUUCAGCCUUUCUUUAAUCACAGAGUGGUUUGGUGGCACGGUCGAGGCAGGGGCUCCUUCCAGUUAAGGCCACUUAACCUCGCAGUAUCUUUCACUCUGAGAAUGGGGAUAAUAACUCAAAGCUACUCACCUUGUAUUCCUGUAGAAACCUGCAUGGAUAAAGUACCCACAGAUGGGAAAUAAUAAAUUAUUUUGACACUUG